GUCUAUCCAUCAACUUGCAAGUGAUUUAUUCACUUUUAUUUCAGGUCAGAGGCGCAGGGAUACUCUGUUGUCUCAAAGUUCUAUUUGAUUAGACUCUGUCAUACCGGACUAUUCCCUUGCUUGGAGUAGGCAUGUGCCUCGGGUCACGCUUAUCGUGAUCAACGUCCCCUCGUGACCUUGGGUUACCUAUCCUCCAUAUUUGCACUGACAUUCGGCGGAUAAAGUUACAUUCAUCAUACUUGCUUGAUACUAAGUUCAACACAGCCCGAGUCCCAUUCUUUCAUCAUCAAGGUGGAAGCAACUCCUGCUCGUCUCGCAUUUACGGCAAGGCAACAUCCCAGCAUCAACAUCAUUAAUCGCCUUGGAGCCUUGACCCCGAACCAAUAUGCCCACCGAUCUUCACACUUGAUACAUCGACAGAACUCGAUAUGUCCUCAAAAUUAUUCUCGCGAUCGAAUUUACCUGCGAGAGGGUCUCGAUCGUUUUACGAACAACUACGUUCUGGAGAUGAUGACGAGUACGAUCCCGGCAUCGACGAAGAGAACCUUGGCCAUCGAUUUGAUGACGAUUUUCAUCCCGAAGGACUCGAAAUUGGCGACAGCCGCAUGACAAUAGAAAGCGCAGCUCUAGACCCAAAGGGCAAAGGAAGGGCUACGACACUAAGGAAACAGAUUCAAAGUCCCGGCGGACCGUCGCCGCGAUGGCACCAGCAGGACGACGACGGUGAUAACGAGGUACCUGCAUCUUUACUCAUGGAGCCAAAUGAAGCAGUAAACCUGCUCCCAACAUCGCCCAGACGAGCGGUCCCAUCCAACAAUCCUCGAAGUCCAGAAGCUGCAGGCCCAUCAUCAGCACGGGCCAGGGCCCAGUGGGAAGCAGCAACAGCUCAGCAGCAGCUUCAUCAAGAAAACAGAUAUGGGGCGCCUACUGGACCACAGCCUAUGCCCGUGGCCAGGGGCUCGAUAGCGAGUAACCCGAGGGAGAAAGCACUCUGGCGAUGGGUUAACACCUCAAACCUGGACAGCUUUAUGCGGGAUGUUUACGACUAUUAUGAAGGUGGGGGACUGUGGUGCAUUCUGUGUGCUAACGCCCUCUGGCUUCUGGAGACACUUUUCGUCGCGGUGUUACUCACUUUCCUGUGUCAAUGCAUCGACUAUUCAAAGAUUCCACACAGCAAGUCCUUACAUGAAGUUGUAGUUCCUCAAUGCACCCGCAGAAUGUCCGGUCUCUGGAACUUGGCGAUCUGGCUUUAUACCUUCUUCUUCAUCUGGAAGUGCGUACAAUACUUUGUGGAGAUUCGUCGCCUCCUUUACAUCAGGGACUUUUACAUUUACUUGCUGGAUAUCCCAGAACAAGACAUGCAGACUGUUUCCUGGCAGGAUAUUGUGGCUCGCAUUAUGGCGCUGCGUGAACAGAACCCGAAGACUGCAACAAACAUCACACCAAAACUGAGACAGUUCAUUGGCAGCCAGUCGAAAGAGCGGCUUGAUGCACACGAUAUUGCUAAUCGACUUAUGCGCAAAGAAAAUUACCUUAUUGCCAUGAUCAACAAGGAUGUCCUGAACCUGUCGUUGCCAGUUCCGUUUCUUCGCGGCCGGCAGCUAUUUUCAAAGACAAUGGAGUGGUAUCUUCAUUACUGCAUCCUUGAUAUGGCUUUCAACGAAUUGGGCCAAGUUCAGCAGGACUUUUUGCGUCCCGAUCGCAGACGUCUCUUAAGCCAGAAACUGAAGCAGCGCCUGAUGUUCGCGGGGUUCCUCAAUCUCAUCUUUGCGCCAGUUGUGCUUGCAUAUGUUGUCAUUGUUUACUUCUUUACUUAUUAUUAUGAGUACACAAAGGAUCCCAAGCAAGCUGCAGCACGCAAGUACACUUCUCUUGCAGAAUGGAAAUUCCGCGAAUUCAACGAACUGCCACAUAUAUUCUACGAAAGGCUGCACAUGUCGUAUCCGUUCGCGACUCGGUAUAUUGAUCAGUUCCCCAAGAGAAUGACUGAAGAUAUUGCGCGAACCAUCGCCUUCAUGACAGGUGCAAUUACCGCCAUUCUCGCUGUGGGCUCUAUUCUCGACUCGGAGAUUUUUAUCAAUUUCGAGAUUACGAAAGACAGACCAGUCCUAUUCUAUCUCGGAAUCUUUGGUGCCGUUUGGGCAAUCACCCGAGGAAUGGUGUCUGAAGAAACAUUGGUGUUCAAUCCUGAAUAUGCCUUGAUGAAUGUCAUUGAAUACACACACUAUAUGCCUGAUCACUGGAAAAACAAGCUUCACAGCUUCGAGGUUAAACAGGAAUUUGCAGAGCUUUAUAAGAUGAAAGUGGUCAUCUUUCUAGAGGAGGUGAUGGGCAUAGUCACCACGCCUAUGUUGCUCUUGUUUUCACUGCCUAAAUGUAGUGACCAGAUCGUCGAUUUCUUCCGCGAAUUCACAAUCCACGUUGAUGGACUCGGUUAUGUCUGCUCGUUUGCGGUAUUCGACUUUCAGAAAGGGCCAGGUAAUACGGGCCAUCAGGGACAACGACCGGAUGUUCGGGAGGAUUACUACUCAACGAAGCACAACAAGAUGGCCGCAUCUUACUUUGGGUUCCUUGACAACUACGUUACAAACCCCAAAACUGGCAUCCCCGGCCAUAUGCCGUUUGGAGGAAAACCAACCUUUCACCCACCUCCAGCUUUCCCGGGACUUGCUUCUCCAUCAUUAGGAGCAGACAUGCAGGGUUCUCAUAUUGGUCGGGCGGAAACGGGACGUGCCAGGAGUAGAGCACCCGGUGGACGAGGUCCACGUACGGGACCAAUGCCACAGCCCUCCCCAAUGGCGUCUAUCCUGUUAGAUCAACAUCAUCAACCUGCUGGGGUGAACAUGGGUGCACGUAGUCUUCAUUGGUCAAGGUAUCCGCGAGGAUUUCGUGGGGAAAGCCAGAUAAAUGAAGAAGCUGAAGAUAGCACCAUGAGGCGAACUGGGGAAGAUGACGAAUUGUACGAGCCAGGGGGAGAACUAGGUGAAUCGACCUGGGAAACGUCACCUGCGAAAGGGGUGACUCGGGAGAACAGUGCAGCCAAUACAGACGAUCCUGGCGAAGGAGUAUUGGCAAACAGAUUCCAGCGAAGAUAUCGGGCUUGGGGCUAUAAAUCCAAGGUCAUGACAUGUGCCUCCGAAUAACGACGAGUCCUGUUUGAUGGUAAUACCGAGGUCGUUGGCACAGACAAACACAGUCAACGGGAAGCCCCUUGCACGGGUGACUACAGGGCAAACGAAGGAAUCUGCCCUCAAGGCGGGAAAAGAAAGAUUUAGAAGAGGGUGUGAUAUUGAUGAAAUUUGGGACUGAGCUUAUUCAGACGAGACCAGCGAGAUGGAAACACAGACACACACGAGUCGUAACUUCAAGUGCCUGAUAAGCGAGAGUCAAACAAGGAACAUCUGUGUUGCAAUGCGUUUUCGUCAAUCUUAAGUGACUGGGUCACUCUGAACCUGCUUGGCUGAUGACCAUUUCCCAAACGUGUUUUUGCCGUGGAACUCCUAAAGGGUACGAGAAAAGACGGUUGCAUUUAUCCAGUUUGAGGACUGAUUGAUUACAGAGAAUGGGUCCCCGAACUGAUUGAUAACUUAAUUCCAAUGUGUG